AUGGACACCCAGUCCGAGCGGUCCAAGCGCUUUGCGCACCUGCUCAAGCCAAUCAAGGACCUGACCCAGUCGUGGAACAUCGACAUCGCGGCCGAGCUAGAGGAGUACCUGGCGGAUCUGGAGUCUGUGGCGUUCUCGUUUGAUGGCGGCAAGACAAACCUCAACUUUGCGGAGGCAGCCCUCGUCAUCCAGGGCUCUGCGUGCAUCUACUCGCGCAAGGUCGAGUUUCUGUAUGCGCUGGUGUACCAGACGCUGGAGCUGGUCUCGGUCCGCAAGAAGAAGAUCAAGUCACGCAAGCCAUCCUCGAUUGACGCCAACGGAGUCGAUGCCGACGUCGACUUUGCCGCCGAUCCGCUGCUGCUCUCGCUGGACGGAGAGCUGACGGCGGCGAGCGGGAUCGACCUCGACGAGGAAGCUGAGGCCGGAAAGGGCGGAAGCAGCGGAGCUACCACGUUGCUGGCACGGACACCACUCUCGCUGCUUCGGAUGAACACAGAUGGCGCGGCGGUGGGACGUGAUCCUGCGGCGCGGAUGCGGGCGGAGCUGGCCAAGUUCAAGAUGAACUCUGCAAAGAUGCACUCGUCAUCAGGCGCGCUGAUGCUCGAUCUGGACGAGGCGCUGUUGUUUGGCGGAAAAGAGGGCUUUGAGCUCGGGUCAAUCCAGCCGCUGGCGCCGUCGACAACGUUUGUGGGCGCGGCGCUGACGCAAGAGCUGAGCCACGGCAGUGGGCCGAGAGCACUGCAGAGCUCCAAGCUCGAGGAAGUGAUGCGUAUGGCGCUCGAGCAGCCUGCAGCAUCUCAGAGCUCGGCCGCGACCGAAGCGACCGCGGGCGAGGGCGCGUGGUACGGUGGCGGCGACGAUGGUGGAUUCGACGAUGAUGGCGAUGACGACGGCGGCGACUACAUGAACGGCGCAGCAGUGCAUGAAGAGUACGUGAGCCAGCACCGCAGGUGGCGGCGUCGCGGAUCUGCGGUGUCGCUGGACACGACGGUGGAUGCCGAAGAUCCAUGGGAGCCGCUGGAUCCUCACGCAGCGUCGAGUGGAGUGGUCAAGCCGUUCCGACGUGGCGCGACCGUGCGCAAGCCUGUGCAAGCGCCGACGGGGAUGAAGGCGCUGGCUGUGCUAGCAACGCAGACACGGUUUGGUGGCGGGGCCAAGAAGCUGCCGGGCAAGCUGUUCAAGACGGUGGCGAAUCCCGAGUUUGCCGAUCUGUUCUUUGCUGAGCAAAAGGCGCGGCGCAAGCAAUGGAAGGCGGCGCUGGGCGCGGCUGGAUACUCGGGCCUCGAUUUUAUGGACGACCCGCUGGAGGAGGAGGCCGGGUUCGAAGAGGGCGCGCAGCUCGGACGUGAAGUCGAGUUUGAUAACUACUAUGCAGAUGGCGACGAUGGCGACGACGACGACAACACGUUUGACGCCGCCUACGAAGCGCCGGCGACCGGAGCACCCGGCACAGACGAGGUCGGGGCGCGGGGGCUCAUCAACGACGAGACGUGGGCGCAGGUUGACGAGGACAUUGUGCCGCAAGUGCUUCACUUUGGGGCCGGGGUGCGGAACGAGGGCGCGAUGGGCGAAGGCAGUUACGAAGCGGCAUGCCGCGAGCACAUUGCGACAUAUCUGGCACAGGCGGCGCAGUACGCGAGCCAGACGGAGCUCUCGCGGCGGGUGCAGGCGUGGCAGGACAAGGUGAUGCCGAUCCUGCGCGACGACGCCGCACGGCCGGCGUUUGACAUGCGGGCGUGCGGAACGCAGGUGCUCCAACUGUUGGAGGCGCCUGCGGCGGUGGCAGCCCGGCAGGACAACGUUGUCCCGUUCGAGGCGGUGGUGCGGACCGAGACGGUGCCGAGCGUGUGCCGGCUGUUCCUGGCCACGCUCCAGCUGGCCAACACCGGCAACGUCAUCAUCCAUCCUGGCGGACUCGGGCUGGCUGGCUCUGCCGAUGCGCCAUUCGGGGUCGAGCUUGUGUCCAAGACCGACUUUGCGGCGCGCCUGGAUGCGCUGGCGGCCGCUGGCGAGUGA